CCGUCUGUGGGCGAAGGUGUGGAGGCCGCGUCCACUGCCGGCCCGUCCUCCUCCCUCUUUUCCUGCCGGCCUUUGCCAUAUAGGCCUAAGCUGCCUUCUCCCGAGUGAGCAGGUUUCCGUUUAGACGGCCGGGCCCAGGAGGAUCCUGAGGCUGAGGACGCGCAGGGAAGGCUACGCGCGACGCACGCCGGUAGGGGAAUGCUGUUGUUGCUGCUCUGCGUCGUGUCCAGCGCUCUUCCACGAUUUAUCAGAGCAGAUGCUUGCGAGGACGUGAGUAUGCAGGAGACUGUGUCAGUAGGCCAGCCUACGGCUUUUAACUGCAUAUACCCUCUGCCAACGUCUGGGAGGGUAGAUGCAACAUGGUAUAAAUAUCCUAGGAAAAUCCCAGUAUCCAAAAACAUACAGUCUAGGAUCCACCAGGACCAAAGCUGGAUUUUGUUUCUCCCUGUGAAAGGGGAGGACUCUGGGAUCUACCACUGUGAUACAAAUGAUACAAACAUCUGUCCCAGAAUGCAAGUCAACCUCACUGUAUUUAAAAAACAUUGGUGUGGUACUUCCAGAAACAGUCAACCGAACGUGCCAGAUGAGUACAAACAGAUUUUAUAUGUUGGAAAAGAUGACACUCUUAUGUGUCAUCUGAACUUCCCAAACAGUUUUGAUUUGGAUUCAGUAAAGUGGUAUAAGGACUGUAAAGAGAUUGAAGGAGAACGAUUUAUUUCUUGGGGAAGGAAGCUUUUAGUGACGAAUGUCUCAGCAAAGGAUGGAGGGAACUAUGCGUGUCAAGCCUGGCUCACAUAUGCAAAGAAGCAGCACACUGUUUUAAAUAGCAUUUCUGUGAAGAUCAGAAAAGUGGGAAAUGGAAGAAGAAUCCCUAAGAUCAUUUAUCCAAAAAAUAAUUCAAUUGAAGUAAACCUUGGCUCCACCCUCAUCGUGGACUGCAAUAUAACAGACACACGUGGUAACACAAACCCGCGCUACUGGAGGGUCAAUAACACAUUGGUCAAUGUUUACUACAAGGAAUCCAAACGAAUUCAAGAAGGAAGCGAAAACUACACUGUUUUUCAAGGACAUCUUUUUUACACAAUGAACAUAACCUUCUUAGAAGUGAAAAUGGAAGAUUACGGCCACCCUUUCACAUGCCAUGCUGGAGUGUCUGCAGCUUACGUUAUACUAAAACUCCCAGUUCCAGAUUUUCAAGCUUACUUGAUAGGAGGGCUUCUUGUCUUGACCAGCGUGGCGGUGUCUGCUGUGUGUAUCUACAACGUUUUUAAGAUCGACAUUGUACUCUGGUAUCGAAGUGCCUUCCAUUCUGCAGGGCCCAUAGAAGAUGGGAAGCUGUAUGAUGCAUACGUCUUGUGCCCCAAGCCUCAAAGAGAAAGCCAGAGCCAUGAUGUGGACACUCUGGUGUUGAAGAUUCUCCCCAAGGUGCUGGAGAGGCAGUGUGGAUACAAGUUAUUUAUAUUUGGCAGGGAUGACUUUCCUGGACAAGCUGUGGUCAAUGUCAUCGAUGAAAAUAUUAAGCUGUGCAGAAGACUGAUCAUCUUCAUAGUUCCCGAAGCGCUAAGCCUUGACCUAUUAAGGAACAUGUCAGAAGAACAAAUCGCAGUCUACAAUGUUCUCAUCCAGGACGGGAUAAAGGUCAUUCUGAUUGAACUGGAGAAGGUCAAGGACUAUACAACCUUGCCCGAGUCCAUUCAGUACAUCAGACAGAAGCAUGGGGCCGUGCAGUGGAGUGGGGACUUCACAGAGCAGUCACAGUGUGCAAAGACCAAGUUCUGGAAAAAAGUGAGGUAUCACAUGCCACCCAAAAGGUGGCCACCUUCUCCCCCUGUCCAGCUGCUAAAGCACACACGCUUCGACCUCAUGGACAGCAAGUGGGAGGCCAACGUGGGGUUCAUCACCCCGUGAUGGAGAUGUUGGUUGUCAUGUGGUGGCUCACAUUUAAAUAAGGAUGCAUUGCCUUUGGGCCAUUCGCUUGAAGCUUACGGUUGUGUACUUGUGGAAAGGACUGUGUUUAUUUGCUCCUUUUGCUCAGAGCUACUUCGUUAGGGAAAGAUAUUACCUCUCCCGAAGCCCUCAUUAACUGACUGGCUCAUGAACACUGAUGAACGUGGAGCAUUAGCGUUUGAUUCCCUGGGGAUGGGACAUGGAGGGUUGUAGAGUGGCAGUUCAGAUGUCAGGUGGUUUGGCAUGUGGCGUGGCCCCAGUGGGGCUGGGUAACCAGGAUGCAGGAGGGCAGUGUGGGCUUGGGUAGGGCUGGCAAAGGUAGUGGCCCUCACUCUUCAUGCCUGACCGGUGUGCAAGGCCCUUGUCCUCAGGGAAUAUUUGCUGUGUCUCUGAGCCCCUCUCCUCAAAUGCAGAUAAAUACCUGUGACCCCGCAGUCUGAGCGCCUUGACACUGGAAGCAACUUGGAGGUCACCUAGACCUGUGGGGACCAACUCUGGUGCCACCGAGAUUGCCCGUUAAUCACCUGCUGGUGGGCCCCAUGCUUUGAAAGACUUUACCUGUCAAACCAAAAUAAGUAAGAACUCACUUAUUUUUUUUCCAGCUGGCCUACGUCAGCCGGAAUUCUGAGCCACGUAUGAUAGAUGCAGUUACCACACCAAGAGGAUGUACUUCUACUCCAAGUAAACAAAGCCAUCUUUCAGUUAGCCGGCAUCACUCUCAUCACAGGUCAUCACAGUUUAUGAUUUAACAAGUCACAGAGAUUUCUGACACUAAAAUUUAGCUGUAAACUCUUAUCAUUACUUUCAAAGACCCAAACUGUUGGAGCUUAGAUAUAGCCCAACUCUCUUAUUCUGUGGUUGACAACAGCAGCAUUCAAAGGUGGUGCUAUGGUGAGAAUGUUCCCGUCCCCAGAAUUCAUAUGUUGGAAUCCUGACACCCAAUGUCAUGCUUUAGGAGGUGGGGCCUUAGGAGGUGAUUAGGUCUUGAGGGAGGAGCCCUCAUGGAUGGGAUUGGUGUUCUUUUUGUUUUUUUUAACAUCUUUAUUGGAGUAUAAUUGCUUUACAAUGGUGUGUUAGUUUCUGCUGUAUAACAAAGUGAAUCAGCUAUACAUAUACAUACAUCCCCAUAUCCCCUCCCUCUUGCUCCUCCCUCCCUCCCACCCUCCCUAUCCCACCCCUCUAGGUGGUCGCAAAGCACCGAGCUGAUCUCCCUGUGCUAUGCGGCUGCUUCCCACUAGCUAUCUAUUUUACAUUUGGUAGUGUAUAUAUGUCCAUGCCACUCUCUCACUUCGUCCCAGCUUCCCCUUCCCCCUCCCCGUGUCCUCAAGUCCAUCUUCUACUUCUGUGUCUUUAUUCCUCUCCUGCCCCUAGGUUCUUCAGAACCUUUUUUUUUUUUCUUUAGAUUCCAUGUAUAUGUGUUAGCAUACGGUAUUCGUUUUUUGGUGUUCUUGUAAAAGAGAUCCCAGAUGCUUCCUUGCCUCUUCCACCACAUGAGGGUGUAAUGAGAAGUCUGCAAUCUGGAAGAGGGACCUCACCUCUUCCAGAGCCUGGUCUCAGACUCUCAGCCUCUAGAAGGCUGAGAAAUAAAUUUCUGUUGUUUAUA